AUGAGUGAACCACUCAUCAGCGUCGUUUGCACGGCGAAUAUCCCGCCUACUAUCCUCUCCACAAUCCUAACCAACACCUACGACAAUGACCCCGAGUGCGAGCCAGCCCUCAUCCUCCUCUCCACGAACUCCAAAUCCGACUGGGAAGCCUACACCCUCGACUCUGCCACUCAGGCCCCAGUCACUGAGUCCUUUGUCUCGCCUUUCGUCGGAAUGACUGUGCAGCAAAUUGCCAGAUGUCUCCGUGCAAAUGCCUCCGGUACUCUGCUUAGUGAGACGUACUUUUACGUUGCUGAUGAGCGGACCGCUGAAGACCAGACAUUGCUGCUUGUGGAGGUUGAAGGGGAGGAUGUUGAGGGAUUGCGAAGCGUGAGGGUUUCAGGGGAGUGUGCGAAUCCGGAUGGUGUUGCGUUGACGGUUGGAACGAUUGGCUUUGAGGAGAUUGAGAGUUUGAUCGGUGAUGAUGGAGUUUACCAUGGAUGA